UUAUGGACCCUUCUAAAACAUAAAUGUUAAAAUUAUCGUAAUCUACCAAAGAGAGAGUGGAGGCAGCAAAAUAAUACAUUGAGAAGAAAUACCAAAAGCUGCUUUAUGAAUAAAAAGAAAAAAGAGAGAAGUGGGAACAAUUAAUUCAAAAAUUGACAAAUCUAAAUUAUACACCAAUUGAGCAAUAAGUUAUUAAACAAGACUUGCUUCAUAAGGAGGCUGAGAUAUUGAGAUUACAAAGACAAAAACUAAGCAUAAAAGACUUUGAACCAAUAGAAAUAAUUGGAAGAGGUGCCUUUGGUGAAGUAAGGUUGUGUAGAAAUAAAUUGUCCAAUGAUAUAGUUGCAGUUAAGAAAAUGAAAAAGUCUGAAAUGCUUUAUAAAAACUAAGUAUCUAAAGUAAUUUAGCAAGGUUUGUCACGUAAGAGCAGAAAGAGACCUUUUAGCAGCAUCAGAUAAUCCAUGGAUAGUUUAAUUAAAAUGCUCAUUCCAAGAUGAAAAGUACGAAAUUCUAUUAUGCUAGAUACCUGUACUUAGUAAUGGAAUACUUGCCAGGAGGAGAUUUGAUGACAUUAUUAAUGAAGAAGGACAUCUUUACUGAGAAGGAAUCAUAAUUUUAUAUGGCUGAAUCAAUAAUGUAUGAUGUAAGUAAAUAAGUGUAGGGCAGUGGAUUCUGUACACAAAUUAAAAUAUAUACAUAGAGAUUUAAAGCCAGAUAAUAUUUUAUUAUAAGCAGACGGACACAUAAAAUUGAGUGACUUUGGGUUAUGCAAAUACGUAGAAUCAAGAGGAACGAGAUUAGAUGAGAGAAUCAGUGUACAUAAACCAGAGGAUAAAGGAAGUAACACAACUACCUUCAAGAGAAAUAGAAUUAAGGCUUACAGCACAGUAGGCACUCCAGAUUAUAUUGCUCCUGAAGUGUUCGGAAAGUCUGGUUAUAAUGAGACAGCAGAUUGGUGGUCACUAGGAGCUAUUCUAUUUGAAAUGCUGGUUGGAUAUCCACCAUUCUUUUCUGAUGACCCCUCCUCAACUUGUUAGAAGAUCAUUAAUUGGAAAAAAACACUUGUUAUUCCUUAAGAAGCUAAGUUAUCUCCUGCUGCUACGGAUUUAAUAUUAAGACUAAUGACUGAUGCUUCUAAUAGGCUCGGAGUAAAUGGAGUCAAUGAAAUUAAAGCUCAUCCCUUCUUUGCUGGAAUAGAUUGGAAAAAUCUAAGAUCUAAGGUAUCCCCUUACAUACCUGAAAUCAAAUCUGAAUUGGACACUAGGAACUUUGAUAAGUUUGAAGAAUAAGAACCAUGGGUACCCUAGGAGUAAGUAUUUAUUUAACACUAAGUUCUGGUAAAUCAGUUAGAAAAGAUGUGAACUUUAUAGGAUAUACUUUUAAUAGAGAAGUCGAAGUUCAAAGAUCUUACCUACUUUAAGCUUUGCUUGAUCUUGAUUCUUUAUAAACACAAAAGACAGUAGACUUUAAUUCAUUAUUUAGGUACCUACUGAGUCAACGUUGAGUAAAUCGUAAGAAAAGAAAGAUACCUUUUUUAUGCCCAAUUUACCCAACAGUAUUUCCUUAGAUCCAGAAUUAUAGAGCAAACUAUUAAAGACAUAAAAACUAUUGCAAAAUACCAAAUCAAAGUAUAAAUAAAAUUAUAUUCCAAGACCUCUUAUGAGUCAAAAAGAAUUAUCAACUACUCAGAAAUCAUAACAAUAAUUAAGUUUGAGUCCCACACAUUAAAACUUCAAUCAAUAAAACUACUUGAAAUAAUUAAUCAGUCCAUAAAAUAAAAAAAGUGCUAUUUCACCUUAAUCUAAACCUGUAAGUGAACAUUAUAAUCCAACUUUGGCCUAACUGUAUAAAUAAUUUGAAGUUCAAAAAUAAGCGAGUAAUACACAAAGAGUGUAACCCAAAUCCUAGAUUUAAAUGCCUAUUAAUAGUAAUUUAAAUAAAAAAUGAUAAGCAAUACAAAUAUAAAAUAAUGAUCAA